CCUAAUCACUACGUAAUGUGCCGUGCUGCUUCUAGCGGCGCUGGUGACAGUGCUGAAAGCUGUUGGGUAUGAAGUGAAACGGAACUGAAUUUUUGUACCAUCCGCAACUGCUUCAAGUUCAGAUCAUAACAAAGAAACUGAAGAUAAACCUCCAAAACAAGCAAAGUUGCAACGCCGAAGACACGUGGAGGGGAAAAGGAUCACUUCAAAGGUUCGAAACGCAAGAAGUAACCAAAUCCUGUAACGACCAAAGAAGACUCUCAUCAUCCCAACUGAAACACAGAAGAGAAGCAAUCCUACGCCCAUGCAUAUUUUGAGAAGUCAAUAACUGAUCUGAAACCAGAAGUUUGUGCCUACUCAACAGCUUUGACAAAGCACACGUCCCAACGCUGCUCCUAGCCCUCCUCAUCCUCACCACACCUCCGACUCACAGCCGGAGUGUGGAGUGGGCUGCUACCUGCUAGUUUUUCUUCCCCAUAGUUUCCCCCACCACACUCUUUUCUUUCCCACUGUUUUAAUUGUAUUUUUUUUCUAAGCAGUGUUAUUACACCUGCAUUUGCCUUUUUUGCGCUAGAUUCCCCCUUUUUGCUUUAUGCCACCAUUUAGAAACGUGUAAAGUGUGUGUGUGUGCGUGUGUGUGUGUUCGUGUUCAACUGUGUGCAUGAAGAGAUCUGCAGGAACUGUAUAGUCAUUGAGAUUCAGAGAAUUACAAGAUCCUGUACAACAAGUAAAGACAUCCAGCGGUGUAUCAUUGGGUGGUUAGAUCAAAAUAGUACUUAACAGUUAAGCAAAAAAAUCAUUCAAACAAGUAAUAAGUUCAGCAAGUGCUCAAGCGAGUUUAUGGGAAAAUAUGGGCAGCCCCUGGAAAGGCUUUGUUGAGUUUACCUUGCCUGCGUCACCACCCACCGCGUUUGUUAGCGCUGACCUGAGCAGCACCUCCCCUGUCGGACUCAGCCUGUCGCCAUAUGGCCGAUCUAUGAGUUUUGACCCUGGCAUGCUCCAUAACAAUGGGCACACUGCUUACGCAAAUGGCACAGGACCUGGCAUUAGAGAGACUGGUGUGGUGGAGAAGCUUCUGACUUCCUAUGGGUUCAUCCAGUGCUCUGAACGUCAGGAUCGUCUCUUCUUCCACUGUUCUCAGUUCAAUGGUAACCUGCAGGAGCUUAAAAUAGGAGAUGAUGUGGAAUUUGAGGUAUCCUCUGACAGGCGCACUGGCAAGCCCAUAGCAGUGAAGCUGCUAAAGAUAAAGCCAGAGGUGCUGCCAGAGGAGCGCAUCUCGGGCCAGGUGGGGCCAGACCUGCACGCCUAUCCCUUUACUGUGCUGCAUGGUUAUAUUCAUCCAGUUGUCUCAUCAAUUCCGGUACACUUGGAUGGGAAAUCUGCUCCUGGCCAAGUUCCCACUGGUAGUGUUUGCUAUGAAAGAAAUGGGGAAGUGUUCUACCUUACCUACACUCCCGAUGAUGUGGAGGGUAACAUCCACCUGGACACGGGUGAUAAAGUCAGCUUUUACAUGGAGACCAACAAACAUACUGGUGCAGUCAGUGCUCGUAACAUUCAGCUUGUGAAGAAAAAGCAAAUGAGGUGCCAGGGUGUGGUGUGUGCUACAAAGGAGGCCUUUGGCUUCAUUGAGAGGGCUGAUGUGGUGAAGGAGAUCUUCUUUCACUACAGUGAAUUCAAGGGUGAUCUGGAUGCUCUGCAGGCUGGAGAUGAUGUUGAGUUCACCAUCAAGGAUAGAAAUGGUAAAGAAGUAGCCACAGAUGUGAGGCUUCUCCCACAAGGAACAGUCAUCUUUGAGGAUAUCAGCAUUGAGCAGUUUGAAGGCACAGUUGUCAAGGUCAUUCCCAAGGUUCCCACCAAAAACCAGAACGACCCCCUACCAGGUCGCAUCAGUGCCCAGAUUGGUUUCGCUGACAAGGAACUACCAUUUGGUGAGAAGGACACAAAAUCCAAGGUGACGCUUUUGGAGGGUGACCACAUACAGUUCAACAUCUCCACUGACCGCAGAGACAAACUGGAGAGGGCAACAAACAUCGACAUCCUCCCUGACACCUUCGACUUCACCAAGGAGAAACGUGAAAUGGGGGUGAUAGCAGCUAUACGCGAUGGCUUUGGCUUCAUUAAGUGUGUGGAUCGGGAUGCAAGGAUGUUCUUUCACUUCAGUGAAGUGCUUGAGGAGACCCAACUGCACAUCUCAGACGAAGUGGAGUUUACUGUUGUGCCUGUAGGUCCUGUUUAUAAGAUUUUCACAAAAGACAUGCUCUCUGCUCAGAGGAACCAUGCUGUGCGCAUCAAGAAGCUGCCCAAGGGUUCGGUGUCUUUUCAUACUCAGUCUGAGCAGCGCUUCAUGGGUGUGGUGGAGAAAGAAGUUAUUGGGCUCACGAACAAGAAUGCCAGUCCCACCAAGGGCAAGGAGAAGAAAAAAGACAAGGGUAAAGUUAUAGAGAAGGAAUCAGAGGAAGGAGUGAUUACAUAUGAAGACUGCGGCGUGAAGCUCACUGUGUCGUACCAUUCUAAGGACCUAGAGGGAGGAACUCAGCCACAGGCUGGAGACAAGGUGGAGUUCUCGAUCAGCGAAGUGAAGCGAACAGGCCAACAAAGUGCAGUCUCCAUCAGGGUCCUUAACCGCAAUGCCUCCAAUGCCAAGAGACUGCAUGGAUUUGUUGCCACCCUGAAGGACAACUUUGGCUUUAUCGAGACGGCAAAUCAUGACCAAGAAAUCUUCUUUCACUACAGUGAAAUGUGUGGAGACUUGGAUAGCUUGGAGCUGGGUGACACAGUGGAGUACACUCUUUCUAAGGGGAAAGGAAACAAAGUCAGUGCUGAAAAGGUUACUAAAGUGGCUGCAGUGAAUUGCAUUGGUGAGGAUGUCAGUACAACAGUGAUGAUGGGGAAAGUCAUCCGUCCUUUACGCAGUGUAGACCCCUCCCAGACAGAAUACCAAGGGCUUAUUGAAGUUGCAGAGGAAGGGGGAACAAAAGGCCAGAAUUAUCCCUUUGGGAUCAUGGGUAUGGCAAACAAGGCCGAUUGUCUGCAGAAAGGAGAACUUGUGAAGUACCAGGUCUGUACAGUUGCUCAGACCGGACAGAAGAUGGCCUGUAAUAUCGUCCCUCAGCGUAAAGCCUUGGUGGAGUGUGUCAAGGACCAGUUUGGCUUCAUCACAUAUGAAGUUGGUGAGAGCAAGAAAUUGUUCUUCCAUGUAAAAGAAGUGCAAGAUGGCCUGGAGCUUCAAACCGGGGAUGAGGUGGAGUUCUCGGUUGUCCUUAAUCAACGCACAGGAAAAUGUAGUGCCUGCAACGUACGCAGAGUCAGUGAAGGGCCUAAACAAGUGGUGGCGCCUCGCCCUGACCGUCUGGUGAACAGACUGAAGAGCAUCACACUUGAUGACGCCAGUGCACCUCGCCUGGUAAUUGUAAGACAGCCCCGUGGUCCCGACAAUUCAAAGGGCUUCAGCGUGGAGCGCAAGACUCGUCAGCCUGGUGUCAUCGACUGAGCAAUACAGAGCCCGCCUCAUGUCCCAUAGGGCAACAGCAGGAGAUAAGGGAUUUUGAUUUGACACAUGCUUGUACACACAAAUUGCCACACAAAACAUGCACACACAUACAGUAAUCAGCAUGUGUAAUCUUUGUCCCCAUUGAAACCUGCAAGGGAACCUUUCUCAUUCCACAGUUCCCUGCGUCCCAUGUAUGAUGUACUUGAUACAGAGUCCACACUGCUGUGUACAUGGGAUCUCUAAAUGUGUGUGUGUGUGUGUGUGUGUGUGUGUGAGAUGUAUACUAGAAGUGAUUAGUGUGUAAUGGAGGUAUUUGUUUCUGAGGGCCUUGUCCCUCUAAAUCAGAGUGAUGACUGUGUGGCUGUCUGUCCCUAUCUUUUCAAUCUGCUUUGUCUGGAAUUCUGCACCUCUAAUCUGUCUAGUAGUUUGCCUGGGUGAAUGAGUGACUGUUGGCAUGUCUUUGAGCUUGUGGCCCCCUUUUUUUUUUUCUCCUUCCUAUUUGCUCCUUUGCCCACAGAAACUUCGAUGAUUACAUUUAUCAAGUUUCAAUUUUCUGUAUGCUUUCCUACAAAACAUAUAAAGCAAAGUUCCCUCCAUAAGGAGGAUCAUAUUUCUCAUAUGUGCAAGCUUAAACUGAGGAUUCUUCUCUGCUCGUUUAUUUUGAGCAGUUUUUAAAAUGCUUUAUUGAAGAGCUGAGGUGAAAGCAUGUUUUGUGUGAUGUAUGUGAAUGUCAAAGUAGUCAAUCUAAUGGGAUUUACUUUACAAAUCUGGAGCCUUUAGAUACCUUUUUGGUAUUCACAUGCUCCACGUAAGCAAUUUUUCCUGGGUGCAGAAUUCCCUGCGGCAUCUUAUAUCUGCAGUUCUUUUUAUACUAUCUUUUUUUUUCUUGCACAUAUUUUUUUUUUUUGCUUUUCUUUUCAUUGACUCGAUCUGCUAAUAUUGAAUUAAGUAAGAAAUAAGGUGCCUAAAACUACAAGUAAAGUGAAAUAAAAAAAAUUAAAAAAACAAAAAAGAUGUAUCCUGUUCCCAGCCAACCGCCAAAAUAUUCAGAACAAUCUUAGGGUGGCUGCCUUUUCUAGUAGAAAUAAUAAUAUGCAUCCCAGACCUGUGGGUUGAAUUAUACUUUAUGUAAUGUGUGCUUUUUUUUUUCUUAGUGGAAGUUAAUACUUCAGACAUAAUAAAAAACAAAUUUAACUUAAAUGAGAAAGGUAAAGUAUUAGAAAUUCAGUUUAAAAAAAAAGCAUUAAAAUUCAGGAUAUCGGUUAUUCUACUCUAAAGAAAUGGUGGGUGAACUGUUGUGCCUCUGCACAUUUGAGUUACAGUCAAAAUUGCUUUCAACUUCAGAGAUCACUGGGUUUCAGCUGAACCACAUACAGAGGUUCUCAUGUACUUUUGUUAAUGGUCUUGAAUGAAACAAUUGAAUUAAAAUUUUAUGAAAAUCA